AUGAGAAUGGUGAAGUUGAAGGAUAUGCGUUUAAGCGAGCUGAAGGAGGCGUUGGAGGAAGAAGGUUUAGAUACGACGGGCAACAAAGCGCAGUUAGUAUUGCGUCUGACAGAGCACCUGAAAGCAGACGAAAUCCGCGAGCCGGUAGAUGUGAUCAAUUCACGAAUAGAUAAUAUGGAACGAAUGAUUCAACAACUUGUAAUGGGCAUAGAAAACGUGACACGAAGUAAACCUACGGAAAACGUGAGCGAAAAAAAUGAAAAUCAGAAGACGGAAAUUACAUCUACAGUGGUUAACGAUUUACCACAACAUGGGUCUUUAAAAGAUAUCAGCGAAACGAUACCCGUGUUCGAUCCAACAGAUAAAAAUGAUCUUACGGUUGGACAAUUUAUCAAUCGCGUCGAAAGAUCUCUUAAUGCAUUCCAAUGGAAUGAAAAACAACUAUUGCUAGCCGUUUAUGGAAAGUUAAAAGGAGUAGCGCGGUUGUGGCUGGAUUCUCUACAAGAAUUUGAUAGCGAGUGGAGAAGUUUUUCGAAUAAGUUGCGUGCAGAAUUUGAUGUAAAAUGUGACGAAGCUGACAUUAAUUUUGAAUUGAGUCAAGCGGUACGUAAUGUUAAUGAAGGCAUCAUUGACUAUUGUUUUCGAAUUGCGGCACUUGGCCGACGACACAAGAUAAGUGAUAGUGCCAUUAUAAAAUAUACUCGCAAUGGACUAAACGACACUAAAUUGCAAGCGGCGAUCGCACCGCUACGGUUUAAUAAUUUAAAAGAUUUUCGCGAAGGUAUUGAGGACUUUUUACGCAAUAUGCAACAUGGAACGAACAAAAUAGCUUCGGCAAAUUCAUCGUCAAAUCCGAUAAUAAAUUCGAGCGUAAGUGUAGACGCAAAUGGAAACUCCGGACAGAAACAGUUUAGAACGGAACCGAAGGUUAGAGCUUGCUUCAAUUGCGGUGAAGCGGGACAUUUUUCGCGCGAAUGUUCAAAGCCACAACGUAGACAACGGUGUAACAAUUGCGGAAGAGUUCACCCAAAAGGUCAGAGUACGCACUGUGGGGAGUCAAGUGUGCGUCGAAUUGAACGCACCAACGAAUCGAUCAGAGAAGUAUACAUAAAUGGUAGACAAUGUACAGCACUACUUGAUACAGGUAGCCAGUGCAGUCUUAUACGGAAAACAGUAUCGAGAAAUAUUAAUGGUCAAAUUCAGCUAUGUUCCAUGAACAUUUCGGUGUUCGGCGGUGGAAAGGUACGACUAACUGAAGGGGUUAGGGCCCAACUUGCCGUCGACAGUGUACGCCAACUAAUAUAUUUUUAUGUAGUAGACGAUAAAAUGUUGACAACCGAUAUAUUGCUAGGCCAUGAUGUUGUGUCAAAUGAUGUGGUCGUACAAAUUCAGCGCGAUACGUUUACCUUAGAGAAAACGCCAAGACACUUAAGAGUAAGAAUAACUACGCGGGACCCUAUAUCAACGAACGAAAUCAAUUGUGGAAGCGAUAACGAUGCAAUACGACGAGACUUGUGCAAUCUCAUUAAUAGUAAUAGAGACGUAUUCGCCAGAAGCUUGAGCGAAAUAGGCAAAACGGGUUUAACGAAAAUGAAAAUUACAUUAACAACCGAUCAACCAAUCGUACAAAAGCCGUAUCGGGUACCAGCACCAAAACGGUCGGUGGUGGCAACAAUGGUAAAUGACCUUUUGGAAAACGGUAUCAUCCAGAAGUCAGAAUCUACGUAUGCCAGCCCUAUUGUUUUAGUCAAGAAAAAGAAUGGCGAAGAUCGCUUAUGCGUUGAUUAUCGGCGUAUCAACAACAACACGAUCAAAGAAAUAUUUCCCACCCCAAGUAUCGAAGAACGGCUGCAAGAAGCGAAACAAUAUACUUAUUUCACAACCCUUGAUCUUAACUCAGGGUAUUAUCAAAUACCAAUAGCGGAAGAAAGCAGAAAAUAUACUGCAUUUAUAACGACAGACGGGUUGUAUGAAUUCAAACGUAUGCCUUUCGGACUCAAGAAUGCUCCGGCGGUAUUCCUGCGUACGAUGGCCAAGGUCAAAGAAAUGACUCAUCCUGGCGAUAUGGUGGAUUUUAUGGACGACAUUGGCGUAGGCGGAAAUACGGCAGACGAAAUGUUUAGUAAAUUACAACGAGUAUUCAAUGCAUUUCACGGCAUUAGCCCUGGUACUGCAAAAACUUUAGCAGUCGAAAACUUCGCAAGGCCCCGAAACCAAACGGAAGUACGACAAUUUUUGGGUUUAAGCGGUUACUUUAGGAAAUUUGUUCCAGGUUAUGCGAUCGUGAGUAAACCAUUGCGACAGCUUUUGCAUAAAGGCGUAAAUUUUGAGUGGGGUAACGAGCAAGAGGGGUCAUUCAAUGAACUGAAAUCGACAUUAACGAGGAAGCCAGUUAUGACUGCUUAUCGAUCGGAUGCUGAGCAUCAAGUACAUACUGACGCAAGCUCAAUUGGGUUAGCAGGCGUGCUGUUACAAAAUGAGAUGGGCGAAUGGAAACCGGCAGUGACGGAAGCGGCGCAAGGCGCUGCUGUUAACAAUUCAACAAAUUCAAACGCAAGUUCGGUGCAGACAUCUAAACAGCCAUCAUUUAAGAUUGCAGAAUUUAAAUUCGGAGAAGGAUCCUUAGUGCAGGAUUUUUUCACGCGUGUGGACUGGGCACUAGGUUUGAGCAAGAUACCGGAAGACGAACAAGGCAAGUAUGUACGUGUACACAAAGGAGCAGAACUCAACGAUGCUCUUAAAAUUCUCGAUAGCCCAACUGCACCUGACAUGCUCACAUACAACGAAACAAAAAAUAUUUUAAUUCAUCAUUUUGACGAUACAUGGAAUAAGUACGCUGAAAGCGAUAAUGACAACAUUGUUAUGACAAGAGCAGAUAAGGGAAAAUCUACUGUUAUUUCAUACAAGGAAGAAUAUGUCCAAUAUAUGACAGAGAUAUUUAGUGAUGAAAAUAUGUAUGAAGUUGUAAACAAAGAUCCUACUACAUCAAUUGAGACUAAAAGUAAUUAA